AUGUCUUCCAACCACGCCAUCGUCAUCCAGGGAGCAGGCAAGGCCUCAGUCGUCGAGGCUUCCAUCCCCAAGCUCCGCGACGACUACCUCAUCGUCAAAGUCAAGGCCGUGGCCCUGAACCCCACCGACAUCCUCCACAUCGACCUCUUCGCCGUCACAGGAGCCCGCGUGGGCUGCGACUACGCGGGAAUCGUCGAGGAGGUCGGCUCCAAGGUCGCAAAGCCCUUCAAGAAGGGCGACCGCAUCGCCGGCGUCGCGCACGGGUCCAACGCCGUGCACCACGAGGACGGCACGUUUGCCGAGUACAUCACCGUCAAGGGCGACCUACAGCUCCGCAUCCCGGACAACGUCACGUUCGAGGAGGCCGCCACCCUCGGCGUCGGCGUGACGACUGUGGGCCAAGGCCUGUACCAGAGCCUCGGCCUGCCGUACAUUGAUCAGCCCAGCACCGAGAAACUGCCCGUUCUCAUCUACGGCGGGAGCACGGCGACCGGAGCGCUGGCGAUCCAGAAGCUAGGCGCCGAUGUGAUUUUGGAUUACAAGUCUGCCACCGUUGUAGAGGACAUCAAGAAGAGUGCGGGCGGCAAGCUGAAGCACGUUCUGGACUGUAUUUCCUCCGAGUCGUCUGCGGAUAUCAGCGUCAAGGCGAUCGCGGAGGACGGCGGCGUCUACUCCACCCUGAGGCCCGUGCCGGCGGAGCUCGUCUCGGCGAUCAACAGCAAGUUUGGGAGCAAGUUCUGGGCUGAUACCGAGCGGCUGUUGGGAGAGGGGAAGAUUGUUGCUCACAAGCCUACUGUGAAUGAGGGUGGAAGUGGUCUCGAAGGCGUUCUCAAGGGUCUUGAUCUAGUUAGACAGGGCAAGGUGAGCGGAACCAAAUUGGUUUACGUCGUUUCGUAG